AUGAAUUGUCCAAGAUUACUACACUGGAUAAAAGCUCCCACUCAUGUUGUCAGAUUAUAUCACUCACGAAAACAUAAAGAAUUGUUUUUAAUCGGCGUUCCAUUUGCUGGCGGUCAGGCAAGUAUUGAACAAGUCAAAAUACCUUAGAUAAUUUAAUGAAUUAAUAAUGCGCGUGUUUACGUAAUGUGUGCGUUUCAACGAAGCAGUAACUUUUCUACCGUACGCUCUGUUUAUCAGUUUGCUACGCUAAUCCUAGUUUGUAAAAAUCUUUGUUAGCUGCCAAAAAUGUUGAUAUUACUGAGACGAGCAGAGGAGGUCACGAGCCUUCGCACCUGUUACGGUGAAAAGAGAACCUUCAAAAUAACGUGCGCGCUUCACGUGCGAUGUGGUGUGCGAUGCUUGGACAUCACAUGAUCACCCAAAUUUCUGUUUACAAGGACAAUAACCGUUAGAUAGCAAUAUCAAAACAAAAAUAUUUCGGUGGUCUUACAGGGACUAGUAGAAUCUUGAAAGUAUUUAAUUUGGAACAUUUUGAAGGUUUGUGAGAGCUAGGACUGAACGUUCUGAUCUGGUAAGCUUCUUACUUCUCUUCAGAUCCCUUCCUUCCAACAAACUCACACUUCUUGGCUAACAAGAUUUUCAACAUUUUGUGGGAUAAAGGAAAGGGGCACUUAUUUGCUACUGCUGCCUUUUAUUAUGAUUUUUGUUGUUGUUGUUGUUUUUUUUUUCAACCCUCAAGUCUGUCAUUAAUUAAAAUUUGGAUUAGUCCUGUUUUGAAUGACAAAAUUUUGUCAACAACGGGUCACUUUAAGGUCCCUCUUGAAAUAGGGUCAGGACACUUUUUUGUCUUAUCGGCAUCUAUUUUCUGUAACAUGGUGACUUGUAUAUUUCCUGUAUUUUAUACUUGCUGACUUUUGAAAGGAUAUUAUUUUGUUAAAUCAGGCCCGGGUUCCUAGAAAGCCGAUUAGUGCUAAUCGAGGAAUAAAUCUCGCUAAUCGCGGAAUACAUUUUGUCCCACGAUUAGAUCCUGUUCCUGAAAGCAUGAUUAACUUUAAUCUAGGAAUAAACUAAGUGUUAAUUUUAACCCACCUAGCGAGGUCGAUUCAGUCACUAAUCAGGUGAAAACGUUUGUAAAACAAACAAAAUGGCGGACUUACCUUUGCCUCAAAUACGUGAAAAAAAGUUCUGACAGCAAGAAAUUAAUCUCGACCAAUUCGCUGAUGAAGAGCUUUGCAGUGAAAACCAGUUUGGCCGAGAGUCAAUUCAAUAUUUGGUAGAAAUCCUCAAGAACAACCUCGAGAGAAAGACGAGGAGAAAACAUAGGCAGUUGCCAAGGUGGUUACUACUUCAUGUAAUAAAUUUGGUCAUUAUAAAACAUGAACUGUGGACUGCUGAUUGAAUAUAAGGACUAUGUUAUAAAAACUAGGCCAAUUAUUUCUAGGUAGAUGAAGAAUUUCGGUUUCCUCUUCUUGUCCUUUGGUUCAGCCUAAACCACUUCAUUUUUCGCCAUUUUCCUUUACUUCACCUGUGCCUAAACAUUUUUCGCGCCAUAUUUUUUGAAAGUAAUCACCCCAAAAACUAGUUAAACCGGUUUCUUUUAACACUAAUCUCGGAUUAGUUAAUCGUGGGUUUAUUUCGCUUUCAGGAACUCCUUUUUAACCCACGAUUAGUUAUCCAAGGAAUAAGAAAAUUAAUCGUGGAUUUGAUGCUAAUCGGGGGAUAGUUUAAUCGGCUUUCCAGGAACCGGGGCCAGGUCAUGAACAACCUUAAAAUUUUCAUUAUUUCAAAAAAUAUGUUACAUUUGUUUCCUAAUAGCCAAGGAAAGGUCUCGAAAAAGGACCUGCUUCCUUACGACAGCAUGGGUUAGUGAGCAACAUCACCAAACUAGGUACGUAUAGUCUUUCAGAAUCAAUUCAUUGAUUCUGCAAUUGUUUCCUUUUAUGACAUAGUUAAUCAUCACAUUAUUCAAUGGUGAGAAAAGUUUUUAAAAUGAAAUCAAUGGAAGCUAAAUUGUGCCAGAAAACAUGUUUUCAGAAACUCUUUCGAACUUAUUAAAAAAAAAAAAAUACCAAAACACCUCUGUGCCAAUAUACAUGUAUUAUUAUCAAAGUGUAGGACGGUAAACAGUCUAAAUGACUAUAGGGUGUAAAAUCGAUACAUAUCCCUCAAUGGUAUUUCAGUCUUGGAGUAUUUCAUAAAGUGCCCCACAGCAGAUUGAGAAAAAUAACAGUUUUUGAUAAUGAUUAUUUUAUUGACAUGUUACCUAAACACUGUUUUAGUCAACAUUUUUUGGGAUAAUUUUCUUAUUUUAAUAGGAUUUACAGUAUCAGAUUUUGGAGAAUUAGAAGUGCCACUGACUGAUACAGAAAAUCAUAAUUACAUUACAAGUGGCACUACUGUAAAAAAUUCCCUGGAAUGUGGCACUGUAGCACACAAGGUAAGCCAGAAAUUUGCCAUUUCUUUACUUCACCUUUGCAUGAUAAAAAAUUAAUUUUAAAAUAAUUCAUAGAAAGAUGUUGGUCUCCAAGGCCAGACCUUUCGUAGGGACGAGCUGAGUCAAACUUUUAUUUCCAGUCUAGGAAGCUUUAAAAAGUCCUCUAUAAGGGAAGUUACAGAUAUUUUUGGAUCUGUUUUAAACAGUUUUUACUAUAAAAGUGAGAAGAAUUCACACUGAUUUCUGUCAACCUUCAGUUGAUUUACUUGAACCAUGCAAGGGUAUCCCACUUAAAAAUGUGUAAUUGAUUGUUGAGGGUUAUGUCUUCUUGUUUGUAGCUUUCGGAAGAAGUAGCAAAAGCCACAAAACAAGGAAAGAUCUCACUUACAAUUGGAGGUGAUCACAGGUAAAUAUACCCUGCGAGCAGAGGUUUCUCUCUUGCAUGGCUUUUAGCGUUUGCGAAGUCAUUGAGACACGUGUCUUGUCUGCCGUGUAGUUGGUUUGUUUAUGCCCCAAGGGACAUGUAGUUAGGGUAAGGUAACUACAUGUGUAUUGGAGUGGAUCCUGGGAAUUAAGCUUUUAGCCUUCAGUUACCCCCUCAAGUCUGUAUCAAAUUUGCUGUUAAAGAUCUUCUUCUUUUUUUUUUUGCAUCACCAAGCAGUGACAUUAAGCCCUUGACCUGAAACCACCCAUGAUAUUGUUUGAAAAGAAAGGGGGACGACUUUUACCCCAGUGUCAGUCAAACUUCCAAUUUGCUGAAAUUGUCAAAUGUAGGAAAUUUCCCUGGAGUUGAUGUCUUUGCUUAACCAUUACUUAGUCAUGUAAGGUCAAGGAAAGACAUCUGACCGCUAGGUUUUAUGAUUUUGUUGUUUACAGUAUCGCAGUUGGUACAGUUUACGGCCAUGCAACUGCAAGAAAAAAUUCAUGCCUGUUGUGGGUGAGUAUUUUCCUAAUGAACGGAAAGCCACCGGCAGUGUAAAAUAGUUACUGCUGUAAGAUAGAAGUGUUGAAUUUGACAGCAAAGGGAUUGGGACAAAGAGUACUUUAUUGAAGCCCGCUACUUCUUAGUCCUCCAUACUUAGAUUAACCUCACGCAUUUCUUUAAAUUCGUGCAUCUCAUGUACCUCCUAUGCAUUCGCCAAUUGCACAUCUCCCAUAUAUUACACCUUUACACGGUACAAUAUUAUUAUAUACAUUUAAUUUCUCCUGGGUAUUACAGUGGUCCCUAGAGAAAUAAUUGAAGACAAUCCUUAUGCAAUUUUUUUGGGGGGAGGGGGAGGGUGGUACAAACAAGGUGUAUUAUGGGAGAUAUUUGCAUAAGUGGUGAAUGUGCGGGGACUGCUGUAUAUGUUUUAAAGUAUUAAUUAACACUUGGCUAAUCCUUCAUAUGUCUCCAAUUUUUUUUUAUGUUUCAGAUUGAUGCCCACAUGGACAUCAACACUCCAUCAACAUCUCUCUCUGGCAAUAUUCAUGGAAUGCCUUUGUCUUUUUUGAUCAAAGGUGUCCCAGAGGUAAUAUACAAUGUAGAUUUAGCCAGGGCUCUAAUAGUAAAGCUCUGGUUAAUAAUACGUAUAUAUAAACAAAAAAAAUUAAAUCGUGUAAUGCUAAAUGGGGAUGGCAAUGGAAAUGGCAUCAAGAUAAAUAGAUCUAAUUAGCAAAAGAACAAAUUGCACGUUCAGCACACUUUUUUUUCUAAUUAGCAAAAAAAAACAAAUUUGCACGUGAGCCACUUUUUGUCUUUCCUUGCCGCUGUUUUUCACAACUACAAUGCUGUUUUGUAGGACUAAAACGUCAAACUUCCUAGUUACUCGUUAUUUUUAUGGAGAAAUUGUCGUAUGUGAUUACCCAAUAUUUUUUCUCCUGAGUUCAUUUUUGCUUUUAUUUUUCACUGCCGCUCAUUUUCACCUUGCUGGUCACUAGCAUUUCUCAUUGUCUCACUGCCGCUUUGAAUUUUCAUGUUUUUCUUCCUACAAAGUGCGUCUCUUUUUGUUUUCAAUCACUUACUCUAGCUCUUUCUCUGUUAUCCACAUGAGUGUAAACUUCACAAAAGACAUGACUUUUUUGUUGUUUUUUCUUUCUAAAGUCCAGGAAUGCUGGGCCAUGCGAUUUCUUUCAAAUAAAACCUUGAGUUGCAUUUCGGUUGCGAUACAGUAUGUUGCCCAGUAUCCGGACACUUCAGUUUAAAAUUGCAAUAACUUUCCUUUGUUAAUCGCAAGAGCUCUGAAAUUUGGCCCAGAGAAAAUCUAUCUAGUCCUUAAUAUGACGAAAGUCAGUUUAACUUUUUUGCCUUUGUUUCCAUCGCGAAAUUAAUAUUUUUGCAGAGCUCCUAUGUUGCCCAGUAUCCGGACAGCUGGCCCAGUAUCCGGACACAACAAUAACAACGUCAUUGUACAUAAAUUUCGACAGGCAAGCGACUUAUAAGCUUCUCUUGCACUUGCAAAGUAGUCUGGCAAUCGAUUCCGAAAAUAUAACCUAGCAUCGUGAAAUAAAACAUAACAAAUGACUGGGGUAUGGUGGGGAACGCGAGCGGCUGUUUUAAAAAUGGUAUAAUUUCUCACGUCUUUGUCUAGGAACUUUUUCACUGAUUUAAGGAAGGCAUCCGUGAACAUGCCGAAGCCGCAGUUUGCAAGCUCAAUUAGCCAAUCUGCAAAAGACUUUCUUUCUUUAUUUUUUAUUUAAAGAAAAGCUUGGCGAAGGGACCUCAACCUGACGGUCAAAGGUCACUCUCCUAUUUAGUCUGACCUGCAGUGUUGAUUUCUUCAUGCUCAGUCCCCACAAUAAGCCUGCUUUUCUAGCACUAAUUCCUCCUUCUUUCACAUCUCUCAAUCCCUUUGUGACAUUUUUUAGACCAUUGCAACCCCAUUCUAGCUGUCCCAACUGGGGAAAGUAUGAGAAUUCCAGGUUCAACUCGGACGCUUUCAGUUAUAUGUAGAAAAUGCAGUCACGCGAAACAAGCGGCGCACACGAAAUCAAGUCGCCUCUGAAUGAGUGAAGAAAAUUUCCAUACGGAGUUGAGUAGAGUUACAUUUUACGACUAUAUCAUAUAUCCUAAGCUUUAAUUAUAGUCACUGAUAUGAAAUAAAUCUUAUCUGGAGAAUGUACACAGCUAAUUCAUCGAUUCUGUACAGCAAAGAAAAAACUGUCCGGAUACUGGGCACAUGACAUCAAAACUUAGUGAAUGUUUCUGGCUUCCGUUAUUCCAAACAAAUCGAAUUUCAAGAAGAAUUAAUAAACUUUCUGAAAACCUGACUUCCUUAAGUAUCUUCACUUUAAAAAUAAAACAGUUUCUUUGAAAAUAUCACACACUACCGUCCCUUUUCUGACCAGCACUAACUUUACUGCGCAGUAAACAGCGUAAAUAUUAGCCAUGAAAAGUUUAUUCACCUGAACAGAACGGCGUCUUCUGCGACUGUUUCGCAAGCUUUCAAAUCGCCAAAAAUUUCAUCUUAAAGCUGAAAUGUUCAGCUUUCAUUCGAAAUACUUCGUUUACCGAGAACUGAAAAGGGCGCCUCAAAAAUUGAGUUUCUGUUUCAAGUGUCCGGAUACUGGUACCGUCCGGAUACUGGGCAACAUACUGUACCAAUUGAUUGAAUUAUUUUACAUUGGUAUGCCUUUUGUGCGGACAGACUCUCGGGCAGUCGGUGUAUGGUCACGUGAUCACCAAAUCUUCUCGGAUGGGUAGUUUACCUGGUGCUUUUCUGCACGCGCUUCACGUGUGAGAGCUCUGCUAUGAUUACUUCAUAACAGGCUGGCAGAAAAUGCAUUGCUUCCCACCAUACUUUCAUGAAGUAUUAUUUGUUAGUGAAUAUUCAAAUAUUGUCUAGUCGGUCCAGCCCUAAUUAUCCUUAAAAAAGUUAAAUUCCACCCCCCCCCCCCCGCCCUCAAUUAUUCUGUCGAACUUAACCGGAUUUAAGGGGUUGAUAAGUUUUUUUCUUUCUUUCUUUUUCGUGAAAAAAAUUGCAUUUAAUUUUGAUGUUGAACGUGUUAUUUUUUAGUUUGCUCAACCUCCUGGGUAUGAGUGGUGCUCACCAUGGUAAGUGUGUAAUUUAUAAAUAUUUGGGAUUUAACAUUUUUGUUUGUUCUACAUAAAUAUCUCCCAAGAUUGAUCAUAUUUUACCCACAGACAAGAGUCAGAGACUAUGCUCUCCUUGAAAGUUCAACAAGUUAUGUCACACUGAGUUUUUUUUAGGUGCAGACACUAAGUAACACUGACACACUUUUUUUGUACAUGUUUAUAGUUUGUCUCCAAAAGAUGUUGCAUAUAUUGGACUUAGAGAUAUUGAACCACAAGAAAGGUAAGUGGUUUUUUUUAUUAGCAACACAAGGAGAUGACUUACACUUACUGUAAAAGCAUGUGUUGGUUAUAUUGGAGGCCAGGGUGGGAGUACUCACAUCAAGGAAGUAUUUUGCACGGAGACUUUAACCGAUGUCCAACCCCCUACCCUUUUAUAUACCAUUUUUGACAGAAAAGAUGCCCCUUUUAUAUACCUUCUUCUGAAAAACGGACCUACCCCUUUCACAUACCUUGUUUAGAGCACUCAUGCAUCCCUUUUAACUGCUGUAAAUGCACCAUCCUUUUGAGUAUAAAUAAAUCACUAAACCAGGACAUUUUCUUGUCUCCGUCAUGUCCAUAAAAUGCUUCUGUUAGCCCUUUUCAGUCCUUUUAUAAACCCAACAUGACAGAUUUCCUUCUUCUUUCAUACCUCAACUAAUGAAAUCCCUACCCUUUCAUAUACCUGAAGCCUGAAAAAGGGGCCACUUUCGGGCGUAGCCUCACCAUAUUACAGGCCAAUUUAGAGAGUACCCCCCACCCCCCAGAGGAGGGGUCUGUUACCACUUAAGAAUACAUGUAUGGUAGACUUGCGAGUCUCACGACUUUGUUAUGAGUCUCACGAUCUCACUAGUUACUGUAACUUGAUCGCAGGGAGAUAUGUGAUGAGCUUGGAAUUGCAGCGUAUACCAUUGAUGACAUUGAUAAAGUUGGAAUUGGAGAAGUAAUCCAAAAGGCGCUUGAAACCAUAAAUCCAAGGUAGAAGAUAUGAUAAUGAUCUAAUUAUGAUGAUGAAAAUUUUAAUUUUAUAGCAAACCCGUGAUAAAUGUUGUACAAGCAGGCACAUUGUCAAUGGUUUUGUAACCUAGUGAAAGGAAAAAUACUACCUCUACCUCUGGACAGUCCUAAAAAAAAAAAGCAUCUGAUCCAUUAACAAUAUUUUUAAUUUUGCUGUAGGGGUGAUCGUCCCAUUCAUGUCAGUUAUGAUAUUGAUUCACUGGAUCCAAAAGAGGCCCCAAGCACAGGGACACCAGGUCAGUUGCUCUUGGCAAUGUAGGGUGUAGCACAGUAAAAUAUAACCCAAUUGAGCUGUCAUAUAUGCUUUGGCACUGUUUAUUAAUCUACUGUUCUAACAUUCUGAGUGUUUCCUCUGUUUUUAGUGAAAGGAGGCUUGACAUUGGAUGAAGGAAUUUACAUUGCUCAAAUGGUGGCUGAAACAGGUUUGUUUAAACUGAAUAACAAUUUCAAGUGUAAAUAAGAAAAAAUGCACUAAUGUUGAUUCUUUCUUUUUACUUUGUUUGCAUGUUUGUUUUUCUUUCCAGAUUAACACAAUCCUUUUACAACAACAAUUUUUGAUACCAUUAAUUUGACCAGAAAUUCUUUGAAAAUUCCAUUGAACACUCGCUAGCAAUGAUAAAUUGUUUGAAUUUUAAAAGUCGCAGAAGUUGGCUAUCAUAAUGAUUGUUUAUUUCAGUUAUCAACUCUGCAAAACUUUUUUUUUCAAGGCAGGUCAAGCGUACCCCCCAAGAUUCUAUUAAUGAAUUGAUUAUCUGAGAAAUGAAUCCGUUAGUUGUUCCCGUUACUAGUGUCAAAUUCAAAUCGGCAUUCCUGCAUGCGUAAUGAGCUGUGAAUAUUUUACAAGAACUUCUCUGUAUCUGGUCAGAUUGAAAAUCUUUGAAUGGUUAAAAUUGCUUCAAAGACAUUUACAUCAAGCUCUGGAAAAAUGAGCUGAUAAAUAUUUAAUUAACUGCCUUGCGUGUGAAUUCACAGCUCAUCACACAUGCAAAAUGGAGAUAUGAACCUGAAAUCUACUACCAACGGCUUUCGAGUAAUAAAUUCAUUGAUGGAAUCUUUGGGGGUACGCUUGACCUGGCUUGACUGUAAAUUAAUUGAUAGCAGCGGGGAACCAAUCUCCAUGUUGAAGGCUGUCAUGCUAAUUAUAUGUUAUUUCUGCCAUAUUGUAGGGUGCCUCUCUGCCAUAGACAUGGUGGAAUUUAAUCCAGCAAUAGGAAGCGAGGAGGAAGUGACAAGAACUGCCAUAAAUACAAUGGAACUAAUUAACAUAUUACUCGGCAAGAAAAGUCACCUCACAGAGGCUCCAUUGCCUCCUGUGGAUGAAAACAAAGUUGAUGUCAAUAAUGGAGUUGUAAAUUAAUCUUUAGCAAAAGU